AUGUAUCACAGCCAACUUCAUCAGGCCAACCAGACCCCGCGCCACCAGCUUCGAUCUGAUCAUCCAGACGAACAACUUGAGACUGGCAGCUCUUCCUUCUCCUCCCUGCAACAUGAAGGUACCGCGGCAGUGGAAUCAAACGACGCUCAGGGCGUCACUCGACUCGAUCGUCUUCCCACCGAGUUCAUUGCGAUGAUCACCCAGGAGCUCAUGCUAUCGUCAACAUUUCAAACAAGACACGACUUCAUAUCCUUCAGUGUAUGCUGCAAGCGCCUACACUGUAUCGUCGGAGCUCAAAAGAAAGCCGUAUUCAGAGACUGGAUGCGCAUGCACUACACCGACGAUCAGAUCAAACGCGUAGCCCAUCUUCUGGAAUGCAUCGAGCGACGGGAUGCUCAAAACGAAAUCCAAGCCAUCCAAGAUGACGGACUUUUUCCCCCACAGCGCGAGAUGCCCCAACGUGACUGGGUCGACAAGAUACUCACCAAGAAAAGCUGGCCGUGGCUAUGGGGUCGUCUCACGUUCAUGCCGAGUAUGAGAGAUGUUGUCGCGGCCCACGGCAUCGAGCGGCAAGGCGAAUAUUUUCGAUUCGAGGAUCAAAGUCAACAUCAUGAAGAAGCUUGUGUUGGGACUCUCGAAGCCCCUUCCCAUAUGAGUUCAGGUAUGUAG